AUGGAUGAUUGGGAGGCUGAGGACUUUCAACCACUUCCAGCGAAAGUUGAACUGAAAAGUAACUGGGAUGAUGAGGAUGUGGAUGAGAACGAUAUCAAGGACUCAUGGGAGGAGGAAGACGAACCUGCUCCUGCACCUGUAGUAAAGCCUGCUACUGAGAAGGCUCCAAAGAAAGCAGCAGCAAAAGCUGUCGAAAAGAAGGGUAAAACUGUGGAAGCUCCAAAAAAAGAAUCAUCAAAGGAAGAACCUUUAGAUCCUAUCGCUGAGAAGCUUCGCAUGCAGAGGCUUGUGGAGGAAGCUGAUUACGAAGCAACUGCUGAACUAUUUGGAGCAAAGAUCGAAGAAAAAGGCGUCGAUGUUUUUAUUCCCAAGUCCGAAACCGAUUUCUUGGAGUAUGCUGAAUUGAUUUCUCAAAAACUUGUACCGUAUGAGAAAAGCUUUCACUAUAUUGGGCUGCUCAAAGCAGUGAUGAGACUUUCUGUGGCCAGCAUGAAAGCAGCUGAUGUUAAAGACGUUGCUUCGUCUGUUACAGCAAUAGCAAAUGAGAAACUCAAGGCAGAGAAAGAAGCUACUGGCAAAAAGAAGACAGGUAAGAAGAAACAGCUGCAUGUGGAUAAGGCUGAUGAUGAUCUUGUGACUGGCCCUUAUGGAGCGAUGGACGAUGAUGAUUUCAUGUAA